CCGCUUCCCUCCGCUUCCCUCCGCUUCCCUUGCCCGCCUGGCUGAAUUGGGCUUUUUGUUUUUGGGUUUUUUGGUUUUUUUUCUUUUCUUUCUUCUCCCCUCCCCGGCCGUUUCCGCGCGCGCGGGAGGAGGGAAAUGCGGCUGGAGGGGUUUGAGGGAAGCGAUGCCGACUUAGCAAGCCACCACUUGGUGAAAAAAAGGGUUGGACAAACAUUGCUGCCGGCCCUGGAGAGCAUCCAGGCUCCAGAUAAAUAAAUUUACUUCUUUUUUUUUUUUUUUUAAGAUACAGUUUGGAACAGCAAAUUGUUGUGUAAUUCCUUGUGGGGGUGGGGGGGGGAAAGAAAAGCUUUCCCACUUCUUCCUGCCCUUGACCCAGAAAGUUUUGCAGCCCCUUUGCUGUGUUUUGCCAGGAUCACCCAGCUGGCAUCGCUUCCCUCAGGGAAUCCUCACUCGUUGAUUUUCCUGCCUCUGCCAUUCCCAUCUCUUUAUUUCUUGUUCAAUUCUGUGGCUGAGUGCCCCGGUGUGGCCUCCUUGGUGAUGCCCACUCAUUCCAGGAGCUCCCAGGAUGGCCAAAAUCAGCCCCCAGAGCUGAGCAGCUCCCACAGCUCGGCUCCACCAUCCCCAGCAUCUCUGGGAUUGCGCUGUGACCUUCACACCUCCAAAAAAAACCAAAAAAAAACAUUUAAAAAGGGCUGGAUGAUGCUUCCCUGCCUGCUCUUGCAGCUGCCCCUUGGCAGGGGGGAGGUUCUGGGAUAUUCCCUGAUGCCACCACAGUGCAGCAGAGCUGGAUGUCACCUGCUGGAUGUCACCUGCUGCUUUAUGGUGUCUGCACCCAGGGCCGUUCCCUUCCUCAGGGCAGCUUUUCUGUGCUGGAUCUGCCUGACAGAUGUCGUGGAGCUCCUGGAGAAGCUUCCCAAACAGGAUUUGAACCUGCUCAAGUGACACACACAGCGGGUUUCCCCUUCCCAGGGUGGGUGGAGGUUGCUGUGGGUUUGCCACAGAUGGCUCUGCUGGGGAACAGAGUUUAUCUGUCCCUCCUGCCUGCCUGGAGAUUGGUUGGAUCGCUCCCAAACCCAACGGGCGCUUGGCACGGGCUCCUGGUGUUGGCAGGAGGGGCUGGAAGCAGAGCUGCUGCCAGUGGGAAUUGUCCAGCAGAGCCAGGUGUCCCCAAAAGGACAGGAGGGAGCCAGAGCUGGGGGAUGCUGCAGGAGGUGAAUGUUGUGAAUGUUGAAUCCCCCAUGCCAGGGCAGCUCCCAGAUUCCCGGGAGCGAUGCCAGGGGAGGGAGUUGGGAAUGCUGCCCCUGAGGAGGCGUGGGAAAGGGUGGCAGAGUUCUCAUGUGUGCCUGCUUUUGUCUUCCAGCGGGGCAGAGUCCCUCUCCUCGGAUGAAAAAGAGGUGACACCCAAUGGCUUGGAGGGGUCGGGAUCGGGAUCGGCCGAGGAGCACCCGGAGGGAGAAGCCAGCUCUGAAGACAGCUCCAGCAGCAGCUCGGAAGAGGAGUCAGAUGAAGAACAGGAGGAGAAGGAAUCCCCACCUUACUGCAAUGAGUCAGGAGGGAGCUGCUUGCCAUCCUGUGAGCACUGCAGGAAUGAAAAUGACCAGAUGGAGCAAGUGACCCCCAGGAGACUCGCUGGAGGACAAUUUAUGGUGCAGCUGGAGGCAGAGGGCUCCUUCCAGUGCAGCGUGACGGGGCUGAUUUUCGAGGUGGCGGGGGCAGCCAGGGUCACCUACUCGCUGCUGUCCUGGAGCAAGUUCGCCGCGCUGGUGCAGCAGCCCUGGAUCGUGGGCGGGCCCCUGUUCGACGUGCGCUGCUCGGCGCCCACCGCGCUGCGCUGCAUCCACUUCCCACACUGCCUCUGCCUGCGCGAUGAUGGUGGGGCCGGCGUGGCCUUCAAGGUGCUGCACAUCAAAGGCGGCGGCGCGGCCAUGGAGCCCUCGGCCGAGUUCUCAGCCUCACACGUCAAGUGGGUGGUGAGUUCCCUGUCCCCCGUGGGACCCCUGAUCCACAGCCACCAGCCCCUGCAGUACCACGGCGCCGUCAUCCUCUACAAGGCCAUCGACGAGCACCCCUCCCUGUCCUUCUGGGUCUACCUGGCCACCAACAACGACUCCUUCAUCAAGGAUAUCUCAAAGGCUGUAAAACACUCCAAAAGGAAAUUUGUCCAAAUUGAAAAGCCCCCUGUGUGCCAAAAGUUGCUGCAGGAAGGAAAGAAGUACAGACUGAUCUGUGAGCCAGAAGCUGAAAUAACUCCUGAGGAGAUUGAAUUUGUGGAUGGGUCCCUGUUGAAGCUGAAGAGUUACUUCGAGGUGUAUUUGGAGAAGCCUGACGACUUCACCUUGUCCCUGGUGGAGCAGGACUCGGAUGAGACCGUGUGGAAAGCCAGGCUGAGAGAGAGGGAUUGGAUCCAUUAUGACCAGAACAAGAACGAGCAGAAGAGGAGCACAGGCAGUGUGAAGAAGAGGAAACCAGCCCUCAACAUCCUGGAGGAAGAGGGACUCUGCAGCAAAAAGCAAAAAACUGGCAGCACUGCAGAUGGAAUGGGAGCAAAAAGCUUAACGGACCAACAGCUGCUGGUGAUUGCCAAGCUGCUGGACCGGAGCUGGAGGGAGAUGGCCAUCGAGUGUCUGCAGAUAGAGAUGAAGGACAUUGAUGACGUCCGGGCCAUGGAGGAGGACGUGACCAUGCAGAAGCUGCUGGUGCUGAGGAAGUGGAGAGAGAGGGAGCAGGGCCAUGGCACUGCAGAGGCUUUGCAGAGGAGCCUGGGGGACAAAGCCACCUACGAGAUCCUGCAGGCACUGCAAGGUUUCUUGGCUCAGAGCUGAGCCAGCUGCGAGGAGGAGGAGGAGGAGGAGGAAGAAGAGGUGGGAGCUUCCCAACCCAACCCUUCUGCUCCCCUGGGAUCCUGCUGGGAUUCAGGAAUGUUCCUGCUGGGAAGUUCAGGCAGGACCCUCCAGAGACACGUGGAUGGAAUUUGGUGUGGACAGGAGCCACUUCCAAGACUUUUCAGGAGAGGUGGAUCCUGGAAUUCCGUGUUUCACCCACAGGAAAAGCCACUCCAGGAGGACACAAACACUGGAAGAAACCACUUGAUCUUUUUCAUCUCCUGGAAAUGAUUUUUAUUUCCAUCAGGGAAAACCAGGGAGAAGAAUUCCCCUGGAAACUUUCAUCCCCUUCCAAAAAAAAACCACUGAACUGCCAGAAUCGUGAAGUGCGUUGGAUUUCUCAUGGAUCAGGGAAGAAGAAUCCUAAACUUGUACCAAAUUCCUUUGGCAUAAUCACUGUAUAUAUGGAAUUAUUGUACAGAUCCUCUACAUCCAGUCCUUGUUAAGCUGUGGUUCUGCUUCCUGAAAUUCCCAAAGAUGGGAACACCACUAUGAACUCCAGGCAGCUCGGAAUUUCCCAUGGAAUUCCUUCUCCCCUCUUUUCUGUAUAGCUUGUCUCCGUUUUUUACGUUGUAUAAUUCUUUUUUUUUUUGUAUGAGAAACUUUUUAUACUUCUUUUUUAUUUUUUUUUUACUUGAUUUAUUUUUUACUUGGAUAGAAUUUAGGUGCUUAAAAUGUGAGGAGCUGAAAUCCCUGUGCUGCAGGAUUGGAAAAAAAUUUGGGAAAAAUGGAAUUUGCAGAAGAGAGGAGUGACCAGAUCCAGGAUUGUCUUGUUUUCAAGGCUGUGGGAUACCUGGGAUGAUCUUCCUCUGUGUAUGCUUGGGAAAGGAAAACAUACUUUUGAAAAAUAAGGAUUAAACAGGGAAAAUUUCCAUGA